UUUUAUUGAACGACCUGAAUUUUUCGAAAUUCAAGGGCUCCCGUGGCCGUCGGCAGAGAAUCGGCAGGGCUAGCGUCGGUGGCCGUAGCUUUUUAGUUUUCUUUCAUAGCUUUCGAUGAAGCAACAGCGGGAAAGAAUAGGCUGUCCAAUGUGGAUCGAUUGAAGCAGAGGCGUUUAGACUUGUUACGCAUAACGAAACGGCGCCAGAGAGAGAGAGAGAGAGAGGUGAUCACGAUGGAUGUACUGUUCAACUCGAUCGACGUCCGAGACCUCCUCUCCUCCCACGACCUCGACGACUCCUCCCCCUUAUCCGCGCCUGAUCUCCGCCUCCUCAUCGACCGCCUCCAAAUCCACUCCCUCCACAUCAAGUCCAAGGUCCACGACUACAUCCUCUCCCACCACGCCGACUUCGCCUCCCUCUUCGCCCAGUGCUCCGACGCCGUCUCCGCCUCCCACCGCCUCUCCGACCACCUCUCCGACCUCCUCCGCCUCACCUCGGACCACCCGAUCGACGUCGAGAUCCGCGACGCGACGGCCGAGAUUGGGCGGAAGAGGAAGGAGGCGAGGGAGAAGAGGGAAGUACUGGAGCUGGUGAGGGUGGUUUUGGAGUUGAGCGAAGAGUUGAGGGCCGCGAGGGAGGACGUGAGGGCGGGGAGGGUGGUCGAGGCGGCGGAGAAGGUGAGGGGGCUGAAGGUGGCAUUGAGGGUACGUGGUGACGCAGAGGAGGAGGAAGGAGAGCCGGUGGUGUAUGGGUUGUUGAGGAAGGAGUGGAGGGAGUGCUUUGAAGAGAUCCAAGAUUUACUGGCAAGAUUUAUGGAGAGAGCGGUGCAGUUUCAGCAGCAACAAAAUGAAGUUCGAGUAAAUUACCUGUUGAGUUCCAAUGGAAUUGAUGGGGUUGAGUUGCAUACGAUUUUGAAAGCAAUGGAGGUGGUUGGCAUUCUAGAUUAUGGCCUUGUGAAAGUAGCGGACAAGAUGAUUAAGUAUGUUAUAGCCCCGGCAUUGAAAUGCCAAUCUCAUGUUUCUUUUGCUGAAGAAAUGAAUCAAGAGAAUGGACAUGUCUCUGAGGCGAUUUUGAGGAUAGUUCCAUCUUCUGAUCCUAAGAACAAAAACGUCCAGGGUGAAAGUAUCUUUUCAGCAACUAUUCAGAUCAUUAAAUUUAUUCACAGAUCCUUAUGCUUGGAAAAUGGUGCUUGGAUGCAAUAUUUUGGAAGAUUGACAUGGCCAAGGAUGUCAGAGUUGAUAAUUACGAACUUCCUCUCUAAGGUUGUCCCUGAUGAUGCUUCCAAAAUUGCCGAUUUCCAGAGGAUCAUUAAACUUACGUCUGAAUUUGAGACGACUUUGAAGGAAAUGAUGUUCAUUUCUAACGAUGAAGACAGGUUGAGUAGCUUCACUGAUAACAUCGAGGUUCACUUUGCAUCAAGGAAGAAGGUUGAGAUCCUAGCGAAGGCCAGAAAUUUGCUUCUACAAUCUGACUUUAUCCUUCCUCAACAGGACCAUACAAGGAAAGUUACUGAAUUCAAGAAUGUUGGAGCUGCACAAAGCUUUCCUGAUCAUGUUGUUGACUUGCUUUUUUCAUCGGAAAGUUGUGUGGUGUCUAAAGCAGCUUCUCAACUGAUGGAACUGGUGCAUCAUACUCUAAAGGAUGUUUGCUUGUCAUCUCCAAGAGUGGCUUGGGAGUUCUAUCAUGCUGCCAGAGAUGCUUUACUUCUUUAUGAAGCUAUUGUCCCUGUCAAGCAAGAAAGGAAGCUUGAGGGCAUUAACCAGGUCGCUGUUCUCAUUCACAAUGACUGUCUCUAUCUCUCUCAGGAGAUUCUUGGGCUUUCAUUUGAGUAUCGCUCGGACUUCCCAAGUUCCAUCAAGGAAUUUACCAUCUUUGUUGAUUUGGCUCCACGAUUCCAGCUUAUGGCAGAAGAAAUAUUACAAAGACAAAUUCAACUUGUCAUUUACAACCUGAAAGAGGCUAUUGAUGGUGCGGAUGGCUUCCAGAAUACCCACCAAAUCCAACAAUAUGAAUCUGCAAAGUUUGGUAUAGAUCAGGUUGUUUUUAUCCUUGAGAAAGUACAUAUUAUUUGGGAGCCUCUCUUGCUACCUUCAACUUACAAGAGAAGUAUGUGCACCGUGCUGGAAUCAGUCUUCUGUAGAAUGACAAAAGACAUUCUCCAAUUAGAUGAUAUGGCUGCUGAGGAGACAAUACAGCUUCAAAGACUGAUUCAUUUGAUGCUGGAAAGCCUAUCUUCUUUACUGAACUCCCUCAAUACUACCACCAGCCAAACAGGGAAGUCACAUGAGAACCUCACCUGCUCCCUUGAUUAUCUUGUACCUUCUCUUGGGAAAAUACGUAAAUUGGCAGAUUUGCUGGACAUGCCUUUGAAGUCCAUUACAGAAGCUUGGGAAAGUGGAGAAUUGGUCAGUUGUGGUUUUACAUCAUCUGAGGUGGAAGAUUUUGUCAGAGCCAUAUUCACUGAUUCCCCUUUGAGGAGAGACUGUCUUUGGAGAAUAGAAAGUGCCAGUUUUUACUAGUUUCAGAAACCAGGCUGCUUGGACGUCUGGUGGAAUUACCGUUUCAACCAUGAGAUAGACCACUCACAGCCCCUACUAACAGAAAGCGGAUGCAGUUUUCCCUUGAGUUCUGAAAAUCGGUCGGUUGUCUUUAUAUAAUCUGUUUACAAGCAAAAAAUCUAACACGGAUGUCUUCUUGUAAAAUAUGUGAUCUUAUUUCUCUUGAGCGAGAUGUAACCGGAAAGUUCUAGUCGAAUGAGAUGCAGCAAUUGCAUUUUGUAAACUAAAGUAUAUAUUUAAAAUAAAAGAUAGAUUGAUA